GUUUGGAACCCCGAUACAACUGCUGUUUGCAAAUACGCAUUCUUAAAACAUGUGGUUAAUCAAUCACACACUUAUAUUUACUAUAUCUUCAUUCCAAUUUCAAGAAACAAAAUGAAAUUUUCAUUACUUUACUUAUUUUUGACGACAGGAGCUAGUCUUGCUUUUAUCACAGAUCGUUGUGAUAUUUCCAAAUGCUCCUAUACAAGCCCAGUGGAAGAAUUGCAAGCCGUUCGCUAUAUGCCCACCGAAAGACAGCUACAACGUUUGUGUCCAAAGGCAUUGAGCUACCUAACUUGUAUAUUCAACAUCAUUGAAAAUUGCGUUGGACAUACAGUUGACAUAUUAGCUCUCUCUUCCAAUAAGUCCAUAGCAUCAACUACAAAAGCACUUGUAGAGAUCGACUACCUCACAGUUGAUACAUGUGACAAGAAAUCAUGGUUUCGUCGGGCUUACCUGGCAAAUAUAGAUUGCUUCAGAAAAUUUUUCAGUCGCAAUACCAGAUCCUGCCAAAAGGAAGCUAAAUACCAGCUAGGGGAAUUCGUCAAUUCCUUCAAUCUUACGAACGGAAUUAUAAAUGCUACAGUUCGUGCAGAACUGCAAUGCCUGGAAGGUGCUUUCGAAUAUGUAUGUCUUACUGAUAAGCUACGUUGUGUUUGCUGCGAAUAUGCUAGAUGGACUUACGUGACAGUUUUGGAGCGGCUGAGUCCCAUUUUGAGGGAAAUGCAUUGUUUACAUGUCGAAGGAAUUUCAAUUUUGAAGGAAGAAUUUUUGGACUUUCUUUAUGAUAAUGAAGAGUAUGAGGAAGAAUCUAGACAGAUUCUUGAUAUAUUUAUAGAUUAAUUAUAUAUAUUUGGAAGGAAAGCAAAGGAUGAGCAAAAGAAGAAAUAAAAAUAGUUACUUCGAA